AUGAGUGGUGGAUUAGGCCAACGGCCACUCUCAGAAGUGAGCCCCAUGGCACAACGGCGCAACUCGCCCAUUUGGAACCAAUCGAACAAGGUAAAUGCGCCUUCAAGCCAGCCGCAGGGGCAUCGCGCAUCUCGCGUCAAAAACCACGCCAUGUUGCGAGAAGGCCAGGAAUAUGAUCCUGCCCACGUAUCCGUCCCUCAUCGACCCCUUGCCGCCGACCGCUCGCCAGACCGAGAGAGCCAGAUGAACCUCGCCAAAUCUCAGUUCGUGGAUGACGACCUUGGUGAUCUUGGCGACCAAGUACCCAGACCUCACUCCCCCAGCAAAGAACAACCGUCCCCGGCAAAGUCUUCCCUCUCCAAGGGCAGCCGAUAUGGCAAGGGCUUUGACCCUCAACACGACAUUUGGUCAGAAUACGAUAGCGCUGGUCACCGACAUGCUAAGAGCGUAACAUUCGACGUUGCGCCGCCCCAAGUUAAUGAAUACGAAAUGCGCACUCCCGACCCAUCGUCAGUUGCGUCCGAGUCGCGUGAGGCCAGCUAUGACUCUGAGGAGGACGAUGAUGUGAGCAGCUUUGAGCAUGACUCCUUCAUGGACCGUGACGACAGCUUUGAUGCAUCCUUGGAAGAUAUUGAGAAGACUCCUGUUGUCCUGCCGGAGGACUGGCGUUUCAUGAGCCCUGGUAGCAAUAAUGGAGAAGAAGACUCAUUCGUGGAGCACCCAGAAGAACACACCGACGACAGCCGUCCUACCUCCCGGGAUGAGGUGGGCAGUCAACACUCACGCGUCGAGUCACUCGACUCGAAUGGUGAACGCCGGCCCUUACCACCACUGCCAUCUCUCAAUCGCCUAUCUGGCUCUCGUCCUUCAUCCCCCGAAAAACUUGCUGCCGCCUUCGAAUUGGGUAGUGGUGGCCAGCGAGUAUUGCCUUCAGCGCCGGCUGCAGCUUCGUAUACAAAGUCUGAUAUCAACGGCGGAAUGUCUUUGGAAGAGCGGCUGCGUCUCAUGAUGUUGAAUGAUAAAAAGAAGAGUAAGGAUGAGAAGGUUGAAGAGGUCGCGGAUCCAUCGUCUCAGUCCACACAAGAUCAAGACUUUUCGGACAAGGUCACUAGCGAACCCUCCAAAGACGAUGUUUUCUCUCCACCCCGCAUCUCUCGGGAUUCGAUCCUGCGGGAUAUCCGCAAGGGCGAUAGCUUUGAAGAUGACGUCUAUGAUGAGGAGGAUUCUCACAUUUCUGAAAAUGCUGAUCAAUUCGACCAUUAUGACCCCGAUGUCCCCAUUCCUUCCCUCGAAACUGAAUAUGACGACGAUGACUCUUCGAGUGUGAUUGUCAAGGAAGAAGCUACCGAAGAUGAUCUAUACGCCAUUCCCGACUAUUAUCAAAACUCAUCCGACCAUAGUCUAUCAUCGCGCGACCAACGAGCCACCUAUGAUCAAGAUAGCAGCUACUCUCUGCGCUCUGCCGCCGAGGCCGCUCAAGCUGCUGCGUUUGAUGAUGAGGAUCGGGCCUCCGGACAAACAACUCCCACGGGAGAAAAAGACGCCCAGGCACCUGCUAACUUCCUCCCGGAAAUCAAUCAUUCUGCUGCCCCCAGAGAGUCACAGGCCUUGGACAUGGCCUCCAUCCGCCAAUCCUUGAACCGGCCAGUCACUCCGGAGAUCAAGGAGGAAGAACUCUCUGAACCGUCUACACCCGACUCUGUGAUCCGUCACCCUAUUCAAGACGAGGAGGAUGAGGAUGCGGAAUUCUCACAGGAUGAAGAAGAUCAUGGAUUCAGCUCGUCUGAUGAAUCGGUCCCAGAGCCCAUUGCCACGAUCAAGGCCCCAGGCCAAGGACUCAAGACUCGUCCGUCGCUCACCCCCGCCGAUGUCGAUGCUAUGGCCGCAACACGUCGCAAGAUCAGUGGUCAACACCCUCCUCCCAUGCCAGAGCUGCCGAAGCAGACACCCCAGGAACCUGAAAUGUCCGACACAGAAGAGCUGGAUAAAGCAACUGCGCUUCCUCCUCAGCUCACCCUUCCCACUUUGAGCCAGCGCCAGUCUAGCUUGAUGCAACUAGACAUUCCCUUCAGCAUUCAGGAGGAGAGUCUCGGCUCCGGUCUCAACAAGGAAUUUGACCGUGUCAUUGAGUCCCAAAAGGUUGCGUUUGCCCUCGCCAUUUCCCAGCUUGAUUCCAGCCCAACGCCAGCCCCCAAGAAAGCACCCUCACUGGCUCCCCUAUCCCCAGGACUUUCAAAUUUCAUCAACUUUACAGCUCAUGCUAACAAUCACCGUCCACAGAGAGGCUACCUCAUGCGACAAAACACCAAGGUUGUCAUUGCCAACAACCGCAACGAUGACGAGCCCUCCACUCCUGUCGAUCAAACCAGCAAUGACCCCCGAGGCACCCGAUCGGCCGGAUCCUCCCCUCGUAAGGCUAGCCAGCAGACUUGGACCACAGUUCCUUGGAAUGGCUCCACCCGCCGCCCGAGUAUCAAGAUGGCUGGCGCGAUCCCUAAAAAGAAGCCUGUUCCCGGAGUAGGAUCUGUACCUCCCCUUCCUGGUCAAUCAAGUAAUGUGCAGCAACCUUCUGCCACUAUUGAGGAGAAUGAACCAGUCCUGAACGAGGCCUUCGAGGAUGGCGAGGAGCGUGGUCGCCUGUUUGUCAAGGUCGUAGGUCUCAAAUAUUUAGAUUUGCCUAUGCCUCGUGGCGAACGAUCAUACUUUGCCCUUACUUUGGACAACGGUCUCCACUGCGUUACCACAUCUUGGCUUGAGCUUGGAAAAACUGCCCCGAUUGGCCAGGAAUUCGAGCUUAUCGUACAGAACGAUCUUGAGUUCCAGCUCACACUCCAAAUGAAGGUCGACGAAGCCAAGCUCUACCCUCAGGAGUCUGCUAGUUCCCCCAAUCGUCAGAAGGCUUCGGCUCUCAGCCGAGUCUUUGCCUCUCCCCGCCGUCGCAAGGAGCUUGACCUCAAGCAGCAAAUGCAAUCUCAACAACAAAAAGCGAAUGAUGUCAACGCUCCGGUCUAUGACCGCCUGCGCAAUCUUGUCGCCCGCGAUGGAAGCUUUGGCCGUGCUUACGUGGCUUUAAGUGACCAUGAGAAGAUGGCGUUCGGUCGCCCCUAUACAGUAGACAUUGCCUGCUUCAACGAAUGGGCUGUUGACGAACACCCAAGCAGCGUCAAGAGCAAGAAGAGCGCAACUAGCGUGACUGCCCAACGCCGACCGCCGUAUAAGAUUGGAAAACUGGAACUUCAGCUUCUGUUCGUACCGAAGCCCAAGGGCGGCAAUGAUGAUGACAUGCCGAAAAGUAUGAACGCCUGCAUUCGGGAGAUGCGGGAUGCCGAGAGUGUUACUGCGCGAAGCUUCGAGGGAUUCCUUUCCCAGCAGGGUGGUGAUUGUCCUUUCUGGCGCCGUCGUUUUUUCAAACUCCAAGGCUCGAAGCUGACUGCCUACCACGAAACUACUCGCCAACCUCGCGCGACAAUUAAUCUGGCAAAGGCGGCCAAGUUGAUCGAUGAUCGAUCUUCUUUGGUUCAGAAAGAGACUAGCACAAGAGGAGGUGGCCGUCGAAAGUCUGCAUUUGCAGAGGAAGAAGAUGGGUACAUGUUCGUGGAAGAAGGCUUCCGAAUUCGCUUUGGAAAUGGCGAGGUGAUCGACUUCUAUGCGGAUAGUGCGGCUGAUAAGGACGGCUGGCUUCGAGUCAUGUCAGAGGCUGUCGGCAAGGGAGCUACUUCUGGCAACGGCGCCAUCAAGCCAUGGGCCGAUCUUGUGCUCCGACGUGAGCGCAGCAUGAAGUCCCGACGUCUGACCACCGAUCGUCUCCCCCCACCAAGCAGUAUCCCGGUCGCUCCAUCAUCUCCUGUUGGCAAGCGACAAAGUGUUGCGAUGGGACCGCCGUCUUCGGCAGGAACGGGGGCGCAGGCGCCCCAGUCCCCGCGCCCACGGCCAUCGGGACACAAGCACACUUAUUCCCAACCUGAUAUUGGGACUGACGCCCGCCGGCAGAAGACCCGAUCCCUCAUGUUCUGA